CCUUCACGGUAACGCUUAGUACCUAUUAUUAACCCAUUUACUGCCCACAGCUAUCGGAAGGCUUGAGACGUGGUUCAGCACAACAAUGACCAUGUCAGAGGGAUUGAUUUUGAAAUCUACAAGUGAAUAGACUGAUAAGUACAGACCAGUUGUGGUAAGACUGCAGCCAACCUGAAGAUAUGAACACUGCAUGACAGAAAUGAACGUGUUUUAUAGUGAAAUACAUGCCAUCAGUGCGAGAUAGUGCUGUGUUGGGAGGUGAUAUUCAAAAUGUUUUGCUGAGGAGGGAUUUAAAACAGGACAGAACAUGGAGGAAGAAGAGAGGCGUAUUCCUCACCUGUUGUGUUGGGGCUGUGGCGAGUUUGGUCAACAUUGCCAUGGAAAGCAAAAUGAUGUCGGCUUUGACCAAAGUCCAGUGUCCACAUUCAAGGGAGAUAACCCCAAAUGUCAAGUGAAAUAUGUUGGAUGUGGAGCUAGUCACACUGUCAUUGUUACAGACCUGGAUGAAAUAUUUGUGUGGGGGAACGGAAACAGUGGACAACUUGGGUGUAACGAUGUGAGCACCAAGUGGGAACCCACCCAGAUCCACCUGCCCACGGAAGAUGGAGGCGAGAUUGCAGGGGUAGCUUGUGGGGGACGCCACACCAUCAUCUGGUUGAAGAAUGGUCAUGCCUACAGCUUUGGGAACAACUUCUAUGCUCAGUUGGGAUAUGAUUUCAAGGAGAAGACCUACAAAGAAAAUCAGCUUGAGCCGAAGUUGAUGAAGUUCCUGAUGUAUCGACACGUGUCACAAGUGUCAAGCGGAGACAAACACACCCUCUUCCUCUUCAGCAAUGGAACUCUGGCUGCUGUAGGGAGUAACAUCCAUGGUCAGAUUGGAAUCGGCAGCCGAGAAGAGGCGGUAGUUCCUCGUGAUGUCGACAUUGACAAAGCUGUCACGUACAUAGCAUCCGGUGCCAAUCAUAAUCUUGCCAUAACAGGGGAUGGUAGUGUCUACAUGUGGGGAUACAGUCGGGCCUGCGGACAUCGGCGCCAUGAUGUUCAACAACCAGAGAGAGUUCUUGAAGGUCAUCAUGUCGUCCAGGUAGCAGGCGGCGCCACCCACAGUAUGGCUCUUACAGCCAGUGGCAACAUCUACUCUUGGGGAGGUGGUAUCGAUGGUCAACUUGGUCAUGGCAUGAAGGUGUUUGUGACCCGACCCUGCAAGGUCAAGGACAGUCAGCUGACAGGUCAAGUCGUACAUAUUGCAUGCGGAGAGUCCUUCAGCACUUGUAUAACAGGUGAUGGACGUCUGUAUAUGUGGGGCAAAAACAGCCACACCAUUGUUGCUGGAGAGUCAUCAUCCUACAAAGUCACCAACCCAGUCUGUCUGAACCAACCCCUGGCCACCCCACUGGAGUCUGUGUACUGUGGGGCGUGGCAUGCUGCAGCUCUCACAGGCAUAAACACACGGGUGCUGAAAGAGGAACAGUCUGAAUCAGAGUCAAGUGAUGAGGAGGGCGAGACGAUGAGUCUUGUCAGUCAGGCCUCAACAGGCACCGAGGACCCACCUCAGAACAAGCAUGAAAUUGAUGAGAGUGAGCUUCUUGCUGAAACAAGCCAAUUAGAGAUCGCCCUUCCUCCAGAAGACCACACCCAUGUUUCCCUGGGGGAGUUCUAUGCCCCCACCCCUGAUCUCACCCGCCAAGCUUCCAUGUUGGGAUGUGAGCAGAUGGUUGCCGGUUCACUUGAGUCAUCCAAACGGUUGGUCAUCCAGGUUCCUGUGUCACAGAUAGACUCAAGUGAACAGUCUUCAAACUCUACUCCUCCCCGAACAGUGUCAGGGGAGAGUUUGCACUGGGAGACUACUGGUCAAGACAACCCUUUUGAUAGUCUUCCACAAUAUCCACACACUGAACCUGUAACUCAAGUUGCUCCACAAUCAACAUUUUCAGCAGAAAAACUAAGUUCCAAACCUGAUGUGCCAAAAUUGCUCUUAGGCUACAAUCGCUCCAAAACAGUGGUUGAUAGUGCACACCCUAAUACGGUACAGAUUAGUAAACAGACAGCAAAGCACUACACCCUCCCAAGGGAAAAUACCAAGAUUAUAAGCAGGAAUGUUACCUUUGUCAAUGCUUCGGACUUGAGGACUACAGGACUAAUGUUUCCUCUGGACAGUGCCAUUCCUGCAAGAAACGAAGAAGCUGUGAUGGUUACAAGUGACGAUGUCCAUACUGUUAACAUAGAAAAACAGAAACAACCUUUGACAGCCAUUAUGAAAAGUCAUUCACGGGAGGUGCUUGUACAACCGUCGGACCAAGACAUCCGAGUUCAACGUUCGAAAACACUAUAUGCCCCAUUACCCGGUCAGAUGACGAGGACAAACACUCGGUUCUUCUACAAAAGGAAACCCUCUGUUGGUCAGCUCGCUGCCCGAAAUGCCCUCACCAGGGCCCAGCUCUUCAAGCACGGGGCCUUAGACAGGAUGGCGACUGUGGGGGAGGCAAUGGGCAAGACAGCAUUGGAUGGCCAUCAAACAAAGGCUGACAUCCCUCCUGCUGCAGAACCUGGUGUCAGGAAACCACUCUUCUCCAGUGCAUCUUCCUGGAGGGAGAGACGAGACAUGUUAAAUGGAAUCUCCUCUAAAGGUGCUGCUGCUGCUGCAGGUAAGCCUGCUAUGACGAAUUUGACAGAGGAGAAGGAACCGGCAUUCAAGGUCAACAGUUUUAAGACAAAGACGUCCUUGGUUACCAGGGACAAUCCAAAACCUAAUCCAGAUCCUUCUGGGAAGAAGAAAGUAUUCAUAAAGUCAUCCAGUCUAAGUAAUUUUUACUCUAUGCCCAGGAAAACUCAGCCAGGCAGAAGCGUGAUGAGUGGUGACAGUUUGAGUCCGAGGAACUACAGUGCCGUGUUGAGUAUUUCAGGACAAUCCCCGGAUGCUUGUGAAGGACCUUCUGCUGCUCGGAGGCCAGAGGUCAGGACGUUUGAGAGACUGGGCGUGGAUAACAUGGAAUAUCGCACACCGGAAGUGACCAGUGGGCUGCGCAAUGGCUAGGGCGCUGGCGUCCGUGCGUCUGGUCGUCGACGUGUAUUGCGCUUGCGUACGCUUGACAUUGAGCUUAGGCGCAUUCGCAGGCUUGCUGACGUAGGAGUUCUUGGCCAUUUCUAGAAAGCUAGUCUGUGAUGGUUUGAUAUGAUGCUGCAUAUUCUGUGAUACCAAAUUAUAACCAUAUAGUUUUGUAUGUUUUUAAAACAUCAGAUCGAUCAAUUAUGGAAAUGAUUAGAAAAAAAGAUUUUAUAAUAUAUUUUCUUUAUUCUUUAUUUUUACUUGCUUUUAUCUCAAAAUAAUUGUGAAUGUUUUCACCGUUCAAUUCUGAAAUUGAUGGUAAUGUACUUUUGAGUUAAUAAAUUAUGACCAUUAGAUAACUCAUCAUUAGUAUGCAAGAGGACAAACGGCAAUCACUACCAUACUGAAAUUAAAGAGCAAGCACAAAUGAGCAGUAUGACCUACAGAUACUGGCUCGGAUCUGCGCCUCAUUGUAUGGUGAUGAGAUGUCGUCCUUGCUCUGUAAAUCAUUACACGUUAAUAACUCGUAUUAACCAUCUUUGGUAUUAAGCACAGCUUGUAAUUAUAAGUGAAUCAUUGAAAACUAUUUCUUUGUUUGGAAUCUAUAACUGCUUAUCAUUAUCAUAGCAAAGUUGCUGGAGUAAUCUUUGUAACUAAGCCUUCGUUCCCGUGGGAAUCCUAUUUCUCCGGUCAACAAAAUGUCUUUACAUAUACAAAACGACUGUGUCUUAUACAUAUAUUAAAAUGUGUUCAGUACCGUAUCUAAUAGAAAUGUGUAUCAAAGAAUAGUUUGUCUGCAGCUUACCGUUUUACUGAUCUUGGGUCUUAGAACCCCCUUCAUCAUUCUUUUGUUCGCGGAGGUAUUAUGCAAGAAACAUUUCAAUUUCUAAACUCGGCUCCAUCGAUAACAAGUCUAGAAUUACUUGUGGCACCUGGGCGUUGUAUUUUCAGUUUCCGCUUGGUACCCACGAUGCAUCUGGGUAAUAUCCUCAUAAUCGUUGGAUCCCAGUUAAGUGGAGCCAUUUUCCCAAGAACUAUAACUCGAAACAGAGGUGUGCUUCACCAUACAGGAAGUGUUACCUGAGCCUCGAUGGAUACAUUUAUCGAGCAUUAUGUUCAUAAAGGCAGUUUUAUGAAGCCACGUCGAUAAUCAUUCCAUUAUUUGUCCAUUUGUCUUUCAGAAUAUCAAUAAUUAUAUCGCGCAAAGCUAAUCUUUUCAACAAUGGAGUUACCAAACAGACAAACCCCGGGAACUCUUUUAACUUUCUUAAAGACAUCAGUCUUACAGAACCGCGAUCGUUGUUUUGAUCUUUGUUUGGAAUUCAUAAGGCUGUUUGGUGCCAGGGUGCCGUUGUACAAAACAACCUUAGCGCUAAGGCUACCUUAAGUCUACGUUAAUGAAUGUGAGUUACGGUAACCUUAGCGCUAAGAUCGCUUUGUACAACGGCACCCUGGGUUUUUAUGGUAAUAUUUUCCAGUAGACUGUCGUCAUCUCUCCUGGAGGUUUAAAGGUUCCUUGUUUAUUGCAGUUGUGCGUAAUACUGACUUUGAUGUUAAUCUAUUUCCCAUAAUCUAAAUCCCACAACUAGGGUAAACGACCGACGGGUGUAUAGUCUAUCCUUCGUAGAGAACUAUUCGUGGAAGAGUUUCAAUGGGUCAAGAAUG